GCUCCUCCGCCCUAUAUAAUCCCCCGUUGCGUCCGAAUCCAGACCCAAUGCUCGCCCCCACACCCACAUCGCACCGGAGCCAGCCAAGCCAACAGCCCAACACGAUCAUCGGUCGCCUGAUCCACAAGGAUACAUCACCAGGAGCCAGCACCCGGCCCGCCCGACCAAGCCAAGUACGCUACCACCACUUCUGGCACCGCACCGACCGAGGGUGCCGUGCAACGACACCAGCAGCAGAUGGUGUCUCUGCAGUCGGCGCUCCUGCCGGAGGCCAGCAAGCGGCCGCCGUGCCUCUCCCUCGUGGGCAGCGCCGCCGUCGCCUCCACCGCCACCAGCAAGAAGCGGAAGCGGGACGGCGGCGACGAUCGCGACGACAGCCGCGGGGAGGUCGUCGACGGAAUCGAGCUCAAUUUCGACGCCGCGCCGCUUCCCCCCGAGUGGCAACGCUGCCUCGACAUCAAGUCGGGGCAGAUCCACUACUACAACACGAGGACGCAGAAGCGGACGUGGAAGGACCCGAGAGGCGAGCCGGACUACCGCGCCGCGCCGGCCGCCGCCGCCGACGAGGAGGAGUCGGCGAAUUGCGCGCCGCCGGGGCUGGACCUGGAGCUCAACCUCACGUUCUCGCCGCGCCCGGCGCUCGCCCACCAGGAGAAGAAGAAGCCCAAGCCUGCCGCCCCGCCGCCGGCACCAGCAAGAACGGCAGCAGAGCGCCGUCCGCCCGCGGAGGCCGCCGAGGACAGCCGGGAGAUGGUGGCGGCGGUGUGCGUGCGGUGCCACAUGCUGGUGAUGAUGUGCCGCGCCAGCCCCGCGUGCCCCAACUGCAAGUUCCUGCACACGCCGAGCCGCGCCGCGCCGCCGCCGCCCGAGCCGGCGGCGCCCCUCAAGCUCGGCCUCCAGCUGCUCUGCUGCAGGGACUAGCGAUCGGCCAACCAAUAGAUGGUUCCAUCCCGUGCGCCUCGAUCGGCACGCGCGCACGAGCGACCAGUAUGCCGCACGUGUACAUGUAGCCACCUGAAUGUGCAAGUGCAGGGAUCGAUGGACUCGUAGCAACAGAGUAAUGGGCUCGUAGUAACUAAGGCCACUGUGAUGCACGUAACUAGGUGGGUAAUCAAACAGGGUGGAGUUGAUCGACCCCCGUUCGAUCGUCCGGCAUGGCGAUGGGAUCAAUGGUGAUGUGGAUAUAAGUGCAUAUAAAUGUAGCUCGGAACUUUCGGCACCUGUCACUUGUCCGUGCAUGUAUGUAAUCCGAGCUCGCGAGGGCGUGCUGCUCGUUGCGGAAA